CUGUUUACUUUUAUACAGAGCGCUGGUAUUGCCGCUGCGGAUAUUAAAAAAUUACGCGAGGCUGGAUUUCACACGGUUGAAAGUAUCCAGUUUGUGCCCAAAAAGACACUACUCGCCAUCAAGGGGAUAAGCGAAGUCAAAGCCGAUAAAAUCACGGAAGCCGCGCAGAAGUUGGUUCCCUUUGGUUUUACAACUGCAACUGAAUUUCAUCAGAAACGAUCGGAGAUCAUCCAACUGACCACCGGAUCCAAAGAGUUGGACAAGUUACUGCAAGGUAUGUUGUUUUUUGGUCUUCGACCAAAGAAUAGGAUAUUUUGCUUUCUCAUCUAUCGUAUUGAAUGA